AAGCUGCAAUGGCGAUUACUCAAGAGUUCGACUGCAAUUCGAAAACUCCGUUGGAAGAAUCAAUCCAACAUUGCGGUGGAGAAGUAGCAGAUCCUCAACAUAGGAAAUAUGAUGGUCCUUCAACGAGACGCGAGGCUAUCACGAAGAAUAUUUUUGUAGACCAAAGAGGAAGCAGAAUUAAAAACAGAAAAUCUGAUAGACUAAAUGAUAUUGAGAUUGUUGGAUACCUUAAUACCAAGGAGGAGAUCCACCGCAAAAGGAUUUUAUGGGAAGCAAUGAAUGAAAAAAAUAUAAAGGCCAAGAAACAGAAAGUACCUGCUGAAACAAAGAAGAGUGGCGCUGUCAAGAAAGCUACUAAAACCACUGAGAAAAUGGAGCCUAAGGUUCGACAAAUGGAGCCUAAGAAGCAUAGUUCGAGGAUCAACUAUGAUGCUUUGAAAUCUCUGGGUGGUGAUUUCCAGGAAAGAUGUGAAUCGGGCGAGUCAAGCAAGGCAGAUUCACCAAAGCAAUCAAAGGAGAGUUGGUACGAAGAUGAUCGGAGUGAUGAUGAGAUUUUCGGAGGUGAUGAAGAAGAAGAUGAGAGCCAUUACCAGUACCAAGAUGAAGAUUUAUUCGAUGAUUUUGAUACUUGAAAAUCAAAUGAAUUUUUGAUCCUACAGUAGACAUAGAGAGUUAUAGAGCAUCUUCAUACUAUGUUAACUGAAUCUAUUAGAAAUACAUGUUUGUGUGACAUUCCAAUA